ACCUAGCAUAUCAUCAUGCUCGUACUGAUGUUUAUUCAGGCCAAGUGCUUUCGGGGCAAAAAAGUCCUUGGGGAUUAUGAUAUCAAGGUGGAACAGGCGGAAUUUUCAGAGCUCAACUUGGUGGCUCAUGCAGAUGGGACCUACGCUGUGGAUAUGCAGGUGCUGAGGAAUGGCACGAAGGUUGUUCGGUCCUUCCGGCCAGACUUUGUGCUCAUCCGGCAGCAUGCGUUUGGCAUGGCAGAGAACGAGGAUUUCCGCCACUUGAUCAUUGGCAUGCAGUAUGCAGGCCUCCCCAGCAUCAAUUCUCUGGAAUCCAUUUACAACUUCUGUGACAAGCCAUGGGUGUUUGCCCAGAUGGUGGCCAUCUACAAGACACUUGGAGGAGACAAGUUCCCACUCAUUGAGCAAACAUACUACCCCAACCACAAAGAGAUGCUGACACUGCCCACAUUCCCCGUGGUGGUGAAGAUUGGCCAUGCUCACUCCGGUAUGGGCAAGGUCAAAGUGGAAAACCACUACGACUUCCAGGACAUUGCUAGUGUGGUGGCCCUCACUCAGACCUACGCCACAGCAGAACCCUUCAUUGACGCCAAGUAUGACAUCCGAGUCCAGAAGAUUGGCAGCAAUUACAAGGCUUACAUGAGGACAUCAAUUUCGGGGAACUGGAAGACGAACACUGGCUCUGCAAUGCUGGAGCAGAUCGCCAUGUCAGACAGGUACAAACUAUGGGUGGACACCUGCUCUGAGAUGUUUGGUGGCCUAGACAUCUGUGCUGUCAAAGCUGUACAUGGCAAAGAUGGGAAAGACUACAUUUUUGAGGUCAUGGACUGCAGCAUGCCGCUGAUUGGCGAACACCAGGUGGAGGACAGACAGCUCAUCACUGAACUAGUCAUCAACAAGAUGAACCAGCUGCUGUCGAGGACUCCUGUCCUGUCUCCUCAGAGGCCCUUAACCACCCAGCAGCCACAGAGUGGAACCCUUAAGGAUCCGGAUUCGAGCAAGACCCCACCUCAGCGGCCACCCCCGCAAGGUUGUUUACAGUAUAUUCUCGACUGUAAUGGCAUUGCAGUAGGGCCAAAACAAGUCCAAGCCUCUUAAAGUGAUCGGUAGUUUAAUUUUUCAAAAGCAGAAAAUCUUAAGCCAAAAAAACAAAUAAAACAAAACAUUAAAAAAAAAGAAAAAGAAAGAAAGGAAAGUGAGGGAGGGGAGAACAGCCCUCCCCGCUUGGUCGGUGCCUGUUGCUGCGUUCUGUUCUCAGUGCUGACUGGACUGUGUUUUUCCUAUGCAGUGUCAGCUCCUCUGUCUGGUUCUUGACCUGUUCCUGUUCGUGCUUGUGAUGCUCACUUAACGUUUCUCUGUAUAACUUUGUGAUUCCAGGGCUGUUUGUCAACAGUGUACAAAAGAAUCGUGCCUCUCCCAAGUUCAGUGGGACUCUACCUUACGGGCGGGUUUGCUAGUGUUUUUUAAAGUAUUAGAUGAUGCCGGGUGAGCUAGGAGCAUGGAGGAUGGACAGGGGAGAAACAGGCCACAGGAAUAAAACCCAGCUCCCCCCGUCUCCUCCCACAGGCUCAGACUAACACCCCUCCCACUGACCUCCAUGAGUGUGCUUGGGAUCCUCAGUGAACUGUGCUUUCGCUUCCUUUCUGCAUGUCUAGGGUAAAUAGAACUUUUAAGAGAUUUUCAAGAUCUGAUUUCCAUAGCUUCAUCCGUUGAAUUUGAAGGCAUCUACCUUUUUCCUCCAUUUGCUAAAAUUUGGUGCCGUUUUUCAGUUUAUGUGAAUAGGCUGGCUUGUGCCUGUGGAGCUCUUGUGUUUUUAGUGAUGAAAUACAAAGAACAAGCUACUUCCAGGAAUGUGUUCUGUAUUUUACAUCCCAGUGUACACUUCGUUUUGAUGAUGAACUCAUGAGAGUAAACAAAAACAAAACAAAAAAAACGGGGCCGCCGAUGUGCAAUAUCCAAGUGAACUCGUGUUUUCCGUGUGUUAAUCUCAGACCCCCAAAGUCGUUCCUUCCUUGUUGCUGUUUCUGAACCAGCCAUACGUGCAUUUUUUUCUGGUGCCAGGGCUGUUUUGUGUUCCCCAAAGCUUGACCUACGUUCAGAGAUGAUUCUUCAGCAAUGUUGGAGAGAGAAUGCAGGGAGCUACUAAAAUUAUGGGAAGGGUUUGCCCAUUCCUGAGGCGUGGUGAUGUGACACCAAACGUAGACACCCUGCGUCACCCCAGUGGGUAGGUUACACUGCCCAUGGAACUCGGAGGUUGAUGCCAGCUUUAGUUCUCAGCUGCUGCUAUAGCCCGCCACGGGCCUGGGAAUGCAGAGCUUUCUGGAAGGAGCUGUCUCCCAUGUAGCUUGUGUGUGUGUUGGACAGAGGCUUCGCAGCUGGAAGAGCCCUCCCAGUUGGUCCCCUUGCCCACAGCAGGAAGCAUCUGGGCAGAUGAUGCGGCAGUUCAUUAAACCAGGACUCGGAAUCAGUGCCUCGUCUUGCCAUCUCCGGGCAGGACUGGGAAUGGGUACCAAGUGGCCUUCUCUAGCACCGUGGCCCUGGGGAGUUGGUGCCAGCAGUUUGCCUUUUACAAGAAAUGCUUCUGGCUCUACUUUGACAUUCCCUCGCACCUCUGUACCGACCUGGCCCCAUUCUAGACGACCAGGUCUGAGGAGUCAGCAGGGUUGGCAGCAUAGAUCCUGAGGGACAUGUCAAGGGGCACAUGCCCUGGUACUCCUUUGGCAAAAUCCGAGGCCAUAGAGAAAUGCACAGAGUGUGAAUGUUCUUGCCUGUGAUCCCUCCCUUGGAUGAUGGUGGUAGUCAGUCUGUUGUAAAUAUAUACAUACACGCACAUGUGCACUCGCAGGUGGGUUGCUUAAGAAUCAGGUCCUUAAAUACCUCCCAAUCUGAUGAAAUGGUAGACAGUAACAUUUCCCAGAAUGGAGGAACGCAUUUAUUUCUGUUUUUCGAAUAUUUUUGUCCAAGCAGUGAGCUGAUGGUGGUGUUGCUUCUCUGCAUGUUAUCAGUGUGUACAUCCAGGUGCUUUUCAUGUGACAUUCAGUGAGCCACAAAUACAAAGUUGCCAUUUGAAUUCAGUCAGGCUACAAAGGUGGGGUCAGCCACGGCCUCUGAGGCAGGGAGAAACCGAUCAGGACUCCCACUGCCAAAUGCAAGCAGAGUGCAUCACCUGACUGUCAUGUGCCCUCAGGCAGCAUGCUAAGGGACAACUCUGUGGCCUGAGGGACAUCUGUGUCACAGUGUAGGAUUGCCGUUCAGGUGUUUUGUACACAUUUCUGAUGUUGUCCCCCACUCCCCCCUUUUUUUUGUACUGAUCCAGCUGGGAGACCCUCAGCCAAUGCUGGAGUGUGAUUGAAGUACCUCUCUCUUUUGUGACUCUCUUGUACAGCUUAAUGUGCAAUAAAGGAAAAGUUAUAUCUGUC